AUGGAUGUUGCCUCUCUUCGCGCUGAGAUCAAGGCAUGGGAGCGGGAAUUCAGGGGCAUGCACUCUCGCAAUCCCUCUAUCCAAGAAAUCAAGGAUCAGCCAGCCAUAGCGGCCAAGUACAAGCUAUACAAAUCUCUUUCAAAGUCAUCCGUCUAUGCUCCCAUCGUAGGGCCAUCUACUUCCCGUUCUUCCACUCCCCCUGGAUCACAGCCGCGUCAAACUGCUCCAGCAUCCACCAGUCUCUUCGCAAAGUCCCGUGCCGUCAAGGUCGAUCCCCCCAGCCAGACUUCCAACCCAUUUUCUCCAGUGAAGAACAAGGACAAAUCUAGAGACAUUAGAGAUCACGGCACUGUUCAAUCAGUCAAACCAUCUUCCGAUCUCAACCCAUUUACAACUCCAACCAAACCAAAACAGCAUAUAAACUUCCAACCCUUAGCCCAAUCACGAAGUCCUUCUCCUGAGCCUUUCCCGCUGAUUCAAACCGUACGACCUUCCUCUCCAGUCCUACACACACCCACCGCUCGUUCUGCCGUGACCCGCGCUCGAAAACGCCUUCGCGGCGAGCCGGUCUCUCCGUCUCCUGUAAAAGACAAACGUGUCCGUGCUGAUUAUCAGCGGUCGCUGAAUUUUACGAGCUCGACUUACGAUAGCGAUGACGACGUGUCUCACGAGAAUGGACACUUAGUAGCAAAUGGCAGCGAGACAUUCAUGGAAGCCACACCAAUGAAACUGCCUCCAGGGGGCAAGGCGUUCAGACUACUAUUCGAUGAGGUUCUUCCGGCAUCACAGGAGGCCUCGAGGCAACCUGCUAGUCGCGCACUCUCACGUAAUAGGCCGCCUGUAGAUUCAAAAAGAUUUAGUAAUAGGAGGAAACGCUCAAGAGCCUUCUCGCCGUCCUCCGGGGAGGACGAAGACGGGGACUGGUCGAGGAGCGGGAAGUUAAAGGGCCUCAUGACAUCCAUUACCGUCCGUCCCACUGCUGAAGAUACGAAUAUACACGAAAAAUUGUCAAAUCAACGAGGCAGCAAACGUAUUCUUCCUCGGGCUGUACUUCCCCCGAAAGACGACUUGCGAUCAGAUGUAGGACCUUCGAGGGGCCAGGGACCAAAGCACAAGGUGAACGCUGCACUCGGUGAUAGGAUAAGCAUCUCUCAACCAGGUCGCUCUGCUGUCAAACGCCCGUUAGGGAGCGAAUUGCAGACGCGUGGCUCCGAUGAGCUAGACAGCCUCAUGGCUGGAAAAAAUUUCUCGCAUCGUCUCCCACUUCUUCCGCCUUCACCACCUGCAGAAUCGUCGCGAUCGUAUGCAAGUAAUUCAAAGGAUCCAAGCAGGAAUAAGGCGGCGAGUGCGUUCAGUCGAAAGAAGGCUAGACUUCUUGAGCAUGCAGGUGGUGACGAGAGCGAUCAUGGAGACGAAAAGAGCGAUGCCGAUGACGGGCCAGUCAAAAUUGUGGAGCAUUCUUGGCAUUCGCGAAAAGCUCAAUGCGUAAAGGCAGGUGGCGAGCCAGUCGAUGAUUAUUUUGACUGGUCUCAUUCUACCCCUCGGCUUGCCUCACCGGUCUCGAGGGAACUUGCUGCCGAGGCUGGCACUAUCGAUGUCCAGCUACCAGACGAAUUGAAGCGCAUUUUGGCAUUGUCCUUAUCACAGGAUGCAGACAAGGAGCAGAAGAGGCUUGUAAACGGCCUUUUAUAUGGAAGGAGACAGAUACACUACGAUCCUAAGAAGGGAGAGAUCUGGGAUAUCGGCGAGGUCGAUGAUAGCACGGAUGAUAUAGCGAAAGACUCUGAAGAAGAUUGGGAGAGUGAACCCAUACCAUGGGAGAUAGGUGAGCUCUAG